GCAAAAACUGGAAUGUUUGAUGCCACUAAUCCAAUUCGAAAUAGAUUCUUUUUUUUAGCGUGACAUGAACUUGCGUUGUUGGACUAGAUAUUUUGUGUGCACAUUAUUUUUAGCAAUAAUAUUAGUUAAAGCACAGUGCAACAGAACUGAUCUAAAGUGUGGAUAAAUUAUUAUGAAAUCGCCGUAUAGGUGUUACUUAGACAAAUCAUGACUGACGAAAAGAUGAAAAAUGGGACUAUUGAAUUUAGUAAUUCUAGGUAUAUACAGGACGGAAAAGGGGAAGAUAAUAAUAUAAACAAAUUAACAAGUCAUGACGACCUUAACAAACUGGAAAAUAAUAACAAAGAAGACUAUAAGCCACAUGAACACAGAAUUUUACAACAUCCUAAUUCAUAUGUUGGAGCUCUCAUACACAUAGUCAAAGGAUCGCUAGGAAUUGGAAUUCUGUCCGUACCACGAGCUUUUAAGACAGCUGGACUUUUAAUGGGAACAUUAGGCACAAUUUUCGUUGGCAUACUUUGUACAUAUACCAUACAUUUACUAGUUCGAGCAUCCCACAAAAUAUGCAAAAGGACCAGGACUCCCAGUUUAGGAUUUUCAGAGACAAUUGAAGUGGUGUUUCGAAAUGGUCCGAAGUGUAUCCGUGGGUGGGCCUCGUUUGCCAAAAUUUUUGUGGAAGUUGCACUCAGCCUGACCUAUUAUCUGUCAAAUGCAGUCUAUAUUCUGCUUAUUUCAGAAUCAUUAACAAAGCUGGUGUCAUUUUACCAUCCACUAGACGAAUCAUGGCCCCUUUACUUUAAAUUAAUUUGCCUUGUGAUAUUAAGUUUUCUGUGUCAAAUUCGAGAACUAAAACAUUUAGUGCCUUUUUCAUUGAUUGCAAACAUGACGCUAGCAGUCACAUUUGGAAUUACGCUGUAUUAUAUGAUAGCCACUUUGAAGGAAACGGACACUUCGGAUAGGAGCCUAUUUACAGGACUUGAAAGUGUUCCAAGUUUUCUUAGUACUGUCCUAUUUUCUAUUGAAGGCAUAGGGACCAUAAUGCCCGUGGAAAAUUCAAUGACUGAAGACAAGUUUCUAGGUCCUGUAGGAGUAUUAAAUGUGUCCAUGUUUUUAGUAGUCGGUCUUUACACCGCAAUGGGCUUUUUUGGUUACUUAGCCUUUGGAUCCGACACUAAAGCGGCUAUAACCCAGAAUUUACCAGACGAAGGAAUUCCCGCUCAAGUUGUACAAUCCUGCAUAUCGAUAGCCAUGUUUUUUACUUUCAUGCUGGUCUUCUAUGUACCGACUGAAAUAUUAUGGAAGCACAUAGGACCAAAAAUUCAACCGAAGUAUCAAAAUCUGGCGCAAGUAAUUUUAAGGAUCUCAACUGUUGCCUUUGUUAUUCUGGUGGCAUCAGUGGCGGGUCACAAUAUGGACUCGCUUAUAGAUUUAACCGGAGCAGUAUUCUUUUCAAUUUUAGGACUUCUUGUACCUGCUUCUACGGAUCUCCUAGUGAACUGGAACGAUUGGGGGAAGUGGAACUAUAUUCUUUGGAAAAAUGUUUUGUUAUUUAUUGCAUUUGUAUUUUCUAUUGUGUCAGGAACGACUGUUGCUAUACAAAAAAUUAUAAGAUAAACUUUUAUUUUAA